UUUGUCUACUGAACUUAAGGGCGCAUCUUGAAUAUUUCCAGAGAGUUCUUGCGAGUUUAGUCUGUGUGAACUGGUGUUGAAGGCUUACUAUAAAAGUUUUAGCUUAUGCACAAAUUCAAAGCUUGUAUCCAGUAGCUUAUUGCAGCUCUUUUUCCGUAUAGCUUGUGUAUGCAGUCACCUGAUGGACGUACUGUACCAGCAGCGACUGAAGUGAAUUUAAGGUAAAGGCUUUUCGAAGAGACCCAGUGAGAUGCAUCACAUGAGAUGAGCUGAACUAGCAGAUCCACCCACAGUCUCAUCUAACAGGAUUUCAGCUGCCACUAAACCCAUUGUCAGAGGAUGGUAUGAGCAUCUCUCAUCAUCAUUGCUCAUACUCAUUUGGUGUCCAUGCAGCCAAGGAAUAAUGGAAGACGAGGAAGUUUCUUACAGUUGCAUGGCCACCACCGUUAAAUGUAAGAUGUGGAUACUUUAUUACCAGUCCUGUCCAGCAGUAGUCACAUAAUGGCAUGUAGAGGCGCGUGCUGCUGUGGCUGUGGUCCUGCGAAUGAAGAUAAUGCGAGGUUCAUAAUGUUGCUGCUCCUCAUCAUCCUCUAUCUCCUGUGCGGAGCCGCGGUCUUUUCAGCCCUGGAGCAUCCCAAGGAGAAGCAGGCGAAGGAAAAGUGGGCUCAGAGGUUUGAGCUUUUCAGCCAAAAGUACAAUCUCAACAGAAGUGAUCUGGAGAAGUUCUUGAGACAUUAUGAAGAGGCGAAUAUAGCAGGAAUACGGGUGGACACCCUCAGACCGCGCUGGGAUUUUACUGGAGCCUUUUACUUUGUCGGUACUGUCGUUUCCACCAUCGGGUUUGGAAUGACCACACCAGCCACAGUCGCUGGCAAAAUCUUCCUGAUCUUCUAUGGGCUCAUUGGCUGUGCAGCCACCAUUUUAUUUUUCAAUCUGUUCUUGGAGAGAAUAAUAACAGUGUUGGCUUUUGUUCUCAAAUCCUGCCACGAAGUCCAACGGCGACGCAGAGGAGUUUUACCACACGACAGCAGGCAAAACUUGAGCAACGCGAGGCUCAAUCAUGAAGACAGUCUUGCGGGAUGGAAGCCCUCGGUGUAUUGUGUGAUGUUGAUCCUUUGCGUGGCAGCAAUAAUCAUUUCUUGCUGUGCUUCGGCCAUGUAUUCCUCAAUCGAGGGAUGGGGAUAUUUGGAUUCACUCUACUUCUGCUUUGUGGCAUUCAGCACCAUUGGUUUCGGGGAUAUGGUCAGCAGCCAGCGGGCCAGUUACGAAAACCAAACCGUCUACAGAAUCAGCAAUUUCUUCUUUAUUUUAAUGGGCGUUUGCUGCAUUUACUCGCUAUUCAACGUCAUCUCUAUUGUUAUCAAGCAGGUGCUCAACUGGCUCCUGAAAAAGCUCGAGAUACCUUGCCGUCACUGCCCCAAGAGGUCUCUCCGGCCCCGUAAAAAUGCAGUCAUGCCGGCCCAUGUCCGAACACGUGUUCGCAACAUAUCCAUAGACACAGAUGCAGUGAACGACAGCGAGACGGAUGGACGCAGGAUGUCUGGAGAGAUGAUCUCCAUGAGAGACUUCCUGGCGGCUAAUAAGGUCAACUUGGCGAUCAUGCAGAAACAACUGUCUGAGACUGCCAACGGCCAUCCCAGGCCAUGCGGGUCAACAAAUAGGCAUAAUGGAUUCUCUGGUGGGGUCGGAGCCCUGGGUAUAAUGAAUAAUAGACUUGCAGAAACCAGUGUGGACAGAUAA